AUGACCACAGCUACUGAGCACUACCCUUCGCGGACACCCACUGUCAUGUCUGAGAAACGCGUCUCAGCGUCCUACAUCAGUCCUCCCUCACCACGACGAAGACCAGUUCGAGCACAGAGCACGAGAACCAGCAACGGCACAGUCAGUACAAGCAUGAGUUACAACAGCAGUCUAGGAAGAUCGUCAGAAGCCACCAACAUUACACAACCACCCUCGUAUUCCAAGAAGUUCGUGGUGGUUGGAGACGGUGGCUGCGGCAAGACAUGUUUGUUGAUCAGUUACGCUCAAGGUUAUUUUCCAGAGAAAUACGUGCCGACCGUUUUCGAGAACUACAUCACCCAGACUACGCAUAAACAGACGGGAAAGACAGUUGAGCUGGCACUAUGGGACACUGCGGGACAGGAAGAAUACGACCGUCUCAGACCUCUGUCAUACCCUGAGACCGACCUGCUUUUCGUCUGUUUCGCCAUUGACUGUCCCAACUCUCUAGAGAAUGUCAUGGACAAGUGGUAUCCCGAAGUCCUCCAUUUCUGUCCUACCACCCCUCUGAUUCUCGUGGGCUUGAAGUCCGACUUACGGUCCAAACGAACAUGCAUCGAGCUCCUCCGCACCCAGGGCUUGACUCCAGUCACACCGGAGCAAGGCGCAGCAGUCGCAAAACAGAUGGGCGCAGCUUACAUCGAAUGUAGUGCAAAGGAAUCUAGAGGCAUUCAAGAAGUCUUCGACCUGGCCAUCAACACCGUCAUCCAGCUUGAGGAGGAGAGCUACGAGACCAAGCCGCACCAGAAAGGAGUCGUCAAGGUUAAGAAGACGAAGAAGAGAAAGUGCGGCAUUCUCUGA